AUGGCUGUACAAAAUAGACUAGCAACUACUGAUAGACUAGCUAGCUGGGGCAUGCAAGUAGAUACUUUGUGUCAAUUGUGUAACGCUGGAGUUGAUGAAAAUCACAAACAUCUGUUCUUUGAAUGUACAUAUUCUACCUUCAUCUGGAAAAAACUUCUUCACUGGAUGGGCAUAAAUAGGCAAAUUGACUGCUGGGAGAAUGAAGUUGCUUGGCUUGCUAGAAGGAUGCAGAGUAAAAGUUCAAAAUGGCAUAUGGUUGGUUUUGUGUUUGCUGUUGCAGUUUAUCACAUAUGGGCUGAGAGGAAUGCUAGAAAAUUUCAACAAGUAAACAGGAGCAAUGCGGACAGAACGAAAGAAAUAGCUCUACAGCUGCACAUUGCAGGACGAAGUCAAGUUAAAUGGUUUCAAACACUUCUCAGUUUGAAUAGUUACCCUUGUUGA